AUGAAUAGUAUAAAGAAGAGAUGCAGAGAAGAACUUAAAGCCGUACCCGCCAUCUACGACGAAGAAAUCGCCCACUUACAGACAUUAGAUUGGACAGAUGACAAACGACGAAUGGUGGAACAGAUACCAACCUAUCCCUCCUGCAAGACAUCCCUCUACCACAGCAGAGCGAAGCUACUACCCAAACUACCGACUUCAGUGGCAGAUAUCACACUAGAGAACGAAUGGACGCUCACCAACACAGGGGACCAGUUUGUACUAUUCGAUGACAACAGAGACAACUCGAGGAUUUUAGCCUUUGCCACUACCAGUAACCUAGAGAUCCUGUCAACAGCUACCACUCUGUAUUGCGACGGAACAUUCUACACUUGUCCGAGGUUCUUCAGUCAACUAUACACCAUCCAUGCCAUGAUAGACAACCAGAUGCACCCACUUGUAUUUACACUCUUACCAGGGAAGUCACAGCUCCUUUACACCAGAUUCUUGGAGAAGUCUACAAUGAAAGAACGACAACUUCAACUGAACCCGACAGUGAUAUUCAUGGACUUUGAAUCUGCCGCCCAGAACGCCGCCAAAUCCAUAUCCCAGGGAAUUACAGUGAAAGGGUGCUUCUUCCACUUCACGCAGUGCAUUUGGAGAAAGACGCAACAACUCGGACUCCAUACCUACUACAGAGACAACGAGGAUAUCCACAGACUUGUUAGACAUGCAGCUGUUCUCCCACUUAUACCUCCACAACGCAUUGAGGACUACUGGUUCAACGCAAUGGAUGACCUUGAAGAUGUCGACCUACCAGUGGAUACAACACCAUUCACCGACUAUGUCACAACCCAAUGGAUAGAAGGAGACCGACAUGUUUGGAACCACUUCGACAACGACGGGCCGAGGACUACCAACAAUCUUGAAGGAUGGCACAGCAAACUCAAGAAGAGGAUUCCACAUGCGCACCCAAACAUCUAUCUGUUCAUCCGUGUACUGAAAGACAUCCAAGCUGCCAAUGACAUCAACCGGAUUCAACGUGCUGCUGGAGGUUUACCUGUGCUAAAGAGACGACGCUAUUGGAACCUGGAUGACCGCCUGAUCCAAUUGAAGACUCUCCUACAGAACGACGAGAUCAACUUCAUCAAUUAUGGAGACAGAGCCACAUAUCUAUUGCAUAUGGAGUGA